GUUUGGUCAGUUUUUUUCUUCAGUAAAAACAGACCAUUGUUUGAUAAAAUAGAAACCUUAAGCCUAUCCUACCUCGCAGUUUUCAGCUUUUGCAGGAGGUUUGUGUCCCCCAUUAAUUGUGGAAAAAGGAGGGGUUACUGUACUUUGUAAAUCUUCACUAAUGGAGUGCAGAAAUUAAUGUGCUGAUUAUAUAACGGCCACUUAGGUAUGGGAAACCGUUUGAACAUUUCAUGGCCAUCCAUCUUAUCUGGCUAAGAUAAGAUAAGAUAACCUUUAUUUGUCCCACAUUGGGGAAAUUUGUAGUCUAAGAAUGUCACCUCAACACUCAAAUGGCUUUCCAUAGUGUAGGUGUCGAGCACAGUGGUCAGGUUGUGUUUUGGACCAGUCUGUUUUUUCAGAGCCAAGUGUCAGGUGGCCCAGGUGUUUGUUCGCCUCCUGGAGCAGAUGUGGCUGGGGAGGAGCUCCAGCUGUGCCCCUGUGGAGGCCAGGUCUUUGUUGUGUUCCAUCCUGCCCCAGUUCAACAACCACUCUCAGCAGGAUGCUCAGGAACUACUUCUCCUCCUCUUCAACGCGCUCCAUGACGACUUAAAGAAGGUUGGCAGGCGCAAGACGCAUUCCUCCAAGCAUCUGAUACAAGACCAGGAUAGAAAGUGCGCCACUGGACUGGGAGAGUCGACCAUUGUUUCCAAGUUGUUUGAAGGCACGCUCAGUUACGUGACAGUCUGCAUGCGGUGCGACCACCAGACCCACAACACACAGACCUUCACUGUGCUCUCCUUACCAAUCCCAACACAUAUCAGCAAGUGCUCCAUUCAGGACUGCUUGUCUCUGUUCUUUGAGCAGACUCUGCUGACGGGGGCAGAGAAGAUGCUGUGCUCAGCCUGUGAACUGAGGAAAGAAACGGCUCUCGUCACUUGUCUGGACAAACCCCCUGAAAUCCUCGUGCUGCACCUUAAACGGUUUGGUUGUAAAGGAAAGAACCAGGUGAAACUGAGGACUAAUGUUACCUUCACCACUGAGCUUGAUCUCAGUUUGUUUCUGUCCAACUCAGCACAGAAGACUUCCUGCACAUCCUAUCGCCUCUAUGCGGUCGUGAAUCACAUAGGUCACCUGAACAUGGGUCACUACACUGCUCUGUGCCACAACACCCUGACACGGACAUGGCACUGCUUCGAUGACUCAGCGGUCCGGGAGCUACAUGACAAUCACGUGCAAUCUCCAGACGCCUACGUCCUGCUUUACAGUCGCAAGCUAUUCCGAAACCCAAAGAUUCCUGGCCUGUAACUUAAAAUGAAAUAAAAGAUGA